CAGAUAACAAAAAAGUGAAGUAUGAUGUUGCUGAAGUACUUUCCAAGUAUAAACCAUCAAAUGAUUGCCAUCUCAAUAGCUUUGCACUUGGCCCAUUUGAACUUUCAGAUGAUAUUUUAUUUACAGCUAUUAGCAACUGUUUUCCUUUUGUUGGCAGAGAAAAGGAAAUGAAAAUGUUAGAGAAAUGUAUUAUUGAUAAUAUCAAGAUUUGGAACCGAUUACAUAAUCAUCAUCCUAAUUUUCAUCAUACAGAUGCUCUUGAAUCAUUCAAAAUAUUAUACCAAACUCUAGUGGUUGCUGGAGCACCAGGAAUAGGGAAAACAACAUUUAUACAAUGUGGUUUUUUGACAGUGAUAAAGCAGAACAAGCAAUUACAAGAGAUUUUUAGUGGAAGGGUGUUUGCUUGGGAUGUUUUAAGUUCAGCAUUAGACCAUACAGAAAGGAUGUUGAUUAAUCAGUAUUAUACAGAGUCAGUCAUAGCAUUAAGGAUCCUACAUCAAUCAAUUAAUGGAAGGGAAUAUCAUCUGUUCUUAAAUGAUUUAGAAUAUUAUCUUGGAUCAUAUGGCUUACACUUGAAGGAUAUCAAUCUCAAAACUGUACUUGAUCAUGUCCUUCAUGAGAAAUCAGAUCACAACCAAUUACUCACAAUGUUUCACAUUACUGAAACAAAUAUUUUUUUCCAAAAUGAUGAAGGCAGGCUUUUAGAAGCAAUCACAAACAGCAUUUAUAAUUUCAACAAGUCACAAGGAACUCAUUUUCUCUUUACUUGUUAUGAUGGAACACAUAGAGAUGAUUUAUAUAUGUCAUUUGGAAGCAGUGGACCUAGUAUGUUACCCAUUAACUUAUCAAAUCCAUCAAUUAAUAAUUUCAUUGAAAUUCUUCAGUAUUUAGCCAAUAAAGUUUCCACAACCCAAUUUUACAUUUCUGAUCAAUGCAAAUAUGCACUGGAAGAUCUUGGUUCAUUUCGCCUCUUCUCUCUUUUUGUUUAUAACAUGGGCAUUUAUGGAAGUGAUGAAGCCUUUAAGGUUAAGUUAUUCAAGAAAAUGAUAGAAAAUCACAUGAAUGACAAUAUUAUUCUCAAGAAAUUAUUGCAGUUGGUACAAUCCAUUAUUCUCCAAAAUUUUACUCGAUAUAUUACUUCUCUAAGCAAACUUAGUGCUGAUGACUUUUUAGUCAUCUUGGCUUAUAUUGUAAAUGAUUCUCAAGUUCAAGAAGACAUGAGUAUUGGAAAUACAACUUUUGGUGAUUUGGAAAAGGAUGGUUCUAUAAUUAUUGAUAAAAGAGGUCAAAUCAUAAUUCCUUUUGUCAUACUCCAGAUGGUUGCAAAGGAUAAAAAAAAUACAGAUGGGACAAUACUUGAUUAUUUACAUACACUUUUCUGGGAUGGAUUGCCAUCAUCAUCUUGUAGUAAUGAACGAAGUGAUUUAGCAAUGAUGACAUUAAAGCUAUUGUUGUUCAAAGCUAAAAGACGCAGGACCUUUUAUCUCACAGAAAUAUUUCCUGGACUUAAAGGACAA